AUGGCUUCGGCCCUCUUCUUCCUUGACCUCAAGGGCAAGACCCUUUUGGCGCGCAACUACCGCGGUGACAUCCCCAUGAGCGCUGUCGACAAGUUCCCCAUCCUCCUUUCCGAUGCCGAAGAAGAGAGCUCGGCCGUCCCCCCCUGCUUCAGCGACGAAGGCAUCAACUACCUCUACAUCCGCCAUAACAACCUCUACCUCCUCGCCCUAACCAAGCGCAACUCCAACGCCGCCGAGAUCCUGCUAUUUCUCCACAAAAUCGUCGAGGUCUUUACCGAGUACUUCAAAGAGCUGGAAGAGGAGAGUAUUCGUGACAACUUUGUCGUCAUCUACGAGUUGCUGGAUGAGAUGAUGGAUUUUGGUCACCCACAAACGACGGAAAGCAAGAUUCUGCAAGAAUACAUCACCCAAGAGUCACAUAAGCUGGAAGUGCAGGCACGACCACCCAUCGCAGUCACCAACGCCGUGUCAUGGCGUUCAGAAGGCAUCCGUUACCGCAAGAACGAAGUCUUCCUCGACGUUGUCGAAUCUCUCAACCUUCUCGUAUCGUCAUCAGGCAGCGUCUUGCGUUCCGAGAUUCUUGGUGCCGUCAAGAUGAAGUGCUAUCUAUCCGGUAUGCCCGAGCUGCGUCUGGGUCUCAACGACAAGGCCAUGUUCGAAACCACUGGUCGCGCAACUCGUGGCAAGGCCGUCGAGAUGGAGGACGUCAAGUUCCAUCAAUGUGUCCGUCUAUCACGAUUCGAAAACGACCGUACAAUCAGCUUCAUCCCUCCCGACGGUGAAUUCGAGCUCAUGAGCUACCGCCUCAAUACACAAGUCAAGCCUCUCAUCUGGGUCGAGUGUAUCGUCGAGAACCACUCAAACAGUCGCAUCGAGUACAUGCUCAAAGCGAAAGCUCAAUUCAAGCGUCGCUCUACCGCCAACAACGUCGAGAUUAUCAUCCCUGUACCAGAAGACGCAGACUCACCGCGCUUCCGAACGAAUAUUGGUUCUGUACACUACGCGCCCGAACAAAGCGCUAUUGUCUGGAAGAUCAAACAGUUUGGUGGUGGCAAGGAGUUCUUGAUGCGUGCUGAGCUGGGUCUGCCAUCAGUACGUGGUGAUGAUGAGAAGGGCGGUGGUAUGAUGGGCGGUUUCGGUGGUAGCAUGGGCGGUGUCGGCGAUCGUGGAAAGAGCAAGCGACCCAUCAACGUCAAGUUCGAGAUCCCUUACUUUACAACAUCAGGCAUCAACGUUAGGUAUCUCAAGAUCAUCGAACCAAAGCUUCAAUACCCUUCCCUACCGUGGGUCCGCUACAUUACACAAUCCGGCGACAUUGCCGUCCGUCUACCAGACACGCAAUCAUGA